ACUCUCUCAGCAAGACACAGACAGUCAAAGCUUCUGCAUUUAAACAGCUGCCUCCCCGAAGCAGCAGAGGCAGUGUGCAUUCCAUUUCACGGACCAAACAUGUUAACAGAAAGCUCGCUUUAAAAUCGACAUGUUUUUCUCUUUCUUACUGCAAAACCCUGCCUAGCAACAUGAAGGAGGGGGAUGUAAGCCUGUAUUCCUCUGUGCAAUUUCACCAGACGGGAGCAUUCUUUUGCUGUUUGUCCGAGACUGCAGUUGAGGAUUAGAUCACAGAAAUGGAUACUGAAAUGGACUAAAAAUAGCUACUGUUGGAAAACGAGACAAAAGAAAUGUCCACCAAAUAGAAAUGCAACAAAAAUGAACUGCCUUUAGAAGCCUGAAAAAAGCACAACGAAAAAAAAAAUUAAAUGAACUAAUCAGAUGAAUAAAGCAAGCAAGAUAUCUCAAAGGAAGGAAGGAACAUUGGAAAUGGCAUACAGCCCACACCACUAUGUGAAGAAAUGAGUGCAGGAUGUUUACAAAACUGGAAAGAGGCAACAUUAUUCAUUUUUUGGGGGGGCUAGACUGAUGUCUUCACAAGACUGUGCCUAUAGAAGGUACCAACCUCAAUCUGCUUAUGCAGAUUUUCACUGGAAAGAGGAACAUGGAAAUGACUAUUCAUCUAUCUUUUCAAAAACAUAUGGGUUUCCAAGACAACUACAAAGAGAAAGAGUAAAAACAUAUUAAGAAAGCACCUUUGAUUACAGAGUUUGCCGAUUCCAUUUUGCUCUGGAUAACUACUCAGGAGUCUGCACAAGUCUGAUAUACAGUUUACACUCAGAGCCAAUGAAGCCAAAGUGGAAACAUCAAAGGAUGAUCCUGGAUAAUUCUUAAAGAAAUGCAGAACUGUAAGUAAAUGUGACAAGCCAAACAAGUUUUCUGCAGAGAAUUCAACUAUCUGCAUCAUGCAGUGGAGAAGACGCCACUGCAGCCCAAUAAAAAUGAUGUGGAAUGCGAAGCGGUCACUUUUCCGCACACCAAUCCUUGGACUUCUUUUCCUGGUUGGUCUCUUUGGCAUCCUUCUUCUUUUUAAUCACCAAGACUGGCUGCCUGGACGAUCAGGCCCAAGAGAAAACCCUGUGACCUACACUGUACGUGGCUUUCGCUCACCAAAAAGUGAAACUAAUCAGAGCUCACUACGCAGUAUGUGGAAAGAUGUUCUCCCUGCAGCAGCAAGGCCGCAAUCUGCUCUCAAUUCCAGCCAUACAGUGUUAACUCAGCAAGGAGUUACCGGUUUAGAGAACACCUUAAGCGCUAACAUUACCUUAUAUAGUGAAAAAGGGACAGGGUGGCACAUACACCCCCAGCCUUACCAUUACAUCAUUAAUGAACCUGAUAAAUGCCAGGGCAACAGUCCUUUCUUAAUAUUAUUAAUUGCUGCUGAACCUGGGCAAAUUGAAGCAAGAAAUGCUAUCAGACAGACAUGGGGAAAUGAUAGCUUUGCACCAGGAAUUCAUUUCAUAAGACUUUUCCUGCUAGGAUUAGGCAAAGAACAAAAUGGUCCUUUGCAACAAUCUAUUCUGGAAGAGAGUAGACGUUUCCAUGACAUUAUUCAGCAGGGAUACUUGGAUACCUACUAUAAUUUGACUAUCAAAACAUUAAUGGGAAUGAACUGGGUGGCUACACAUUGUCCUUCUGUAAGGUAUGUCAUGAAGACAGACAGCGAUAUGUUUGUUAACACAGAGUACCUGGUUCAGAAAUUGCUGCGGCCUGAUUUACCACCCAAGCAUAACUAUUUCACUGGUUAUUUAAUGAGGGGAUAUGCCCCAAACAGGAAUAAAGACAGCAAAUGGUACAUGCCUCCGGAACUUUACCCCAGUGAGCGCUACCCAGUCUUCUGCUCUGGCACAGGCUAUGUCUUUUCAGGGGACCUAGCAGAGAAGAUCUAUAAAGUUUCUUUAAGCAUACGUCGUUUACAUCUGGAGGAUGUCUAUGUGGGUAUCUGCUUGGCCAAACUGCGUAUUGACCCAGUACCUCCACCAAAUGAGUUUGUCUUUAACCACUGGAGGGUGUCAUAUUCUAGUUGUAAAUACAGCCACCUGAUUACCUCCCAUCAAUUCCAGCCAAGUGAACUUAUUAAAUACUGGAACCAUUUACAACAAAACAAGCACAAUGCUUGCAUCAAUGCAGCCAAGGAAAAAGGUGGAAGGUAUCGACAUAGGAAACUGCACUGGAAUAAACAUUCCUUCUGAAUAAUAUGUUGGAAAGUGAAACUACGUUGUUAGAAAUGAAGCAUGUGCAGCAGUAAAGAGUAUCUGUUGCAAGACACCAAUAAUGGUACUGAUUGUGAUCCUCACGAAAAUUAUUUUUUUAAGUUUCAGAGAAAUGUAAUUUACAGGAAAUAUAUUUAAAGAUAGGAGGUAACAGAAGGAAAGGCUCUAAAUACAGUAGCUUUUUCAAAAAUAAUUUUUUAAACUACCAAUCUUUCACAAGUUUUUUGAAAGGUAAAUAUUUCAAAAUGUUUGGUUUUUAGGAUUUUGUUAGAAGUUUUGUGGUUUUCUGAUUUAGUCAACAUGAGGCAUGGAAAUCCAAGUCCUGUUCUUUGUGCUCAGUUUAUAAUUUAAUUCUAAGCAGCAUUAAUCCCACAAGUAGGAAUUAUGAGUUGUCUUCCUUUGUUAACUGGAGGCAAGCUGCCCAAAAUGAAUACUGUCAGAACUGUAUACAUUUUAUUGUGAAUUUGAAAUAUACCUUUUAAAAAACAUUUUGAAAAAUUGAGGUGAAAAUUAUUCUUGGAAACAUAUGUUGACUUUCUAAAGAAAAUUAUAAAAUGUUGACCAUGUGCAAUUCCAAGCAUGCACACAAGUAAUUUGCUACUUUAGUGCCAAUUUAAAAAUUAAAAAAAAAAAAAGUUUAACACCACCUUCCCAGAGCUUACUAGCGGACUAUGCAAAGUAUUAUUUGCACUGUUUCUCUAUUUCAUAAUAUGAAGGAUUAAAAAAAGUGAAAUAAAGAGAAAAAUACAUGUUCAAAAAUGACAAA